GUCGGAAUACAUAUAUUUAUAUGAGAUGCCCUCUAUGGAGACCGACCACUCUAUUCUCCUUCCUCCACCCAGUUCUUCUACCACAUCAGCCAAACCUCCAAUUAUCAACCAUGUCCUCCAACACGAAACUCCUCCUCGUCAUCCUCCCCGGCGCAUUCCACACCCCGGAAAGCUACCGCAGGAUUACCGAACCGCUUCUUAGCAAGGGCUACGAAGUCCUCGCCGUCGACUACCUCGUUACUGCAAGGUCCUCCGAACCGGAUCCCAACCCCACCCUAUCAUUCAUCGACGACGCCGCCGCCCUACGCGAAAAGCUCAUUCCACUUUUCAACGAGGGCCGCGAGGCCGUGCUGAUCUCACACAGCUAUGGGUCAUUGCCCGCUACGCAUACGGCGGUGGGACAGACAACCGUUGAGAGAAACGAAAGGGGUGAGAGGGGUGGAGUUGCAGCGGUGAUAAAUAUCGCGGGUUUCGCGUUUCCGGCGAGAGGUAGGAAUAUUAUGGGGGAGGAGAGUGAGACGCCGACUAUGCCGUAUCAGGUUGUUGAGAACGGCAUAACGCACCUCCGACCGACCGCAAAACCCCUCUUCUUCAGCGGUCUCCCGCAAGAAGAUGUGGAUGCCGAAUGGGAGCGUCUGGCCCUUAAACAAACACGCAAAAGCAUGACCGACUUCCCGGAGUACAUCGAGUCGGAGAUCCAGUGCCCGAAAACGUAUAUCCUAUGCGAGGAGGACCAGGCUGUUCCGCCGGCGUUCCAGGAGCAUAUGGCCGGAGUCGGUGGGUAUAAGGUUGUGCGGGUUAAGAGCGGACAUUCGCCGUUUUUGAGUAUUCCGGGGGAAAUUGUGAGGAUUGUUGAGGAUGUUGUCGGAAAGCUUCCUUGAAGGCCCGUUAUAGGGAGUCCUGUGUUCGUAUGGUAGUUGGACGGGAUAUGGUCAUGGACUUCGUUCUCCUAUCCUAGAUCUUAGUUUGAUGGACUAGGGUAUACCUGCGCUGGCCUGAAAUGCGCACAGCCUUCCAACUGCGUGUCAUGACACCUUUUCGAGUCGCUUUGAUUUACCAAGCACGCCCGAAAUCCAU